AGCUCAGUUUGGGGAGGUUUCCGAGUAGAGGAGAGCUGGAUGGGAAGCGCAGAGUCAGUGCCCAGGAGAGGGCACCCCUGCCCUGAGGAGCCUGAAGGUGCGGUCCCCGGGAAUACAUCGAGGUGGAGAAGGGAUGGACUCGAAGGUGCAGCAGAAGGAGUAAAAGGCCACGGCGAGGCUGUCUCAGGUGGGAGGGAGCCAGAAGACAAGGCAAGAGGUGAGGAGUGACAGAACCACCUGGAGGGGGAAGUGCUGGCACAUCCAGGCUGUUCUCUUCUGUGUCACCUGGCUGUGAAUGAUGCACUAAAAAUGCACUGCAUGGGCUCUUACAGUCAGGCAUCAACCAGACGAGAUGGAAUCUUAAAUAUUCCAGCAGCUUUUGGAAAUUUGCUGUCUAGUUUGUCUCGGUAGCUUCAUGCACCCUCUUGUGAGUUUGGUUAAACCACAGCUGCACUGAUCCUCUCGUAUAAUGGCAGGUUCCAGCUGUCUGAAGGAGAUCAAAGAUGGAAGAGAGAAGCCUGGCUGCCUCCAGCCUGGAAAUUGAAUGCAGUCCAGUCGAUGUGGCUGCAGUGUCCGUGAGCCUUUGUGGCUUUAUCUGCAAGGUCCCUGUUUGUGUGACUACAGCAAUUUCAGUGGGAUCCCGCGGUCAAGGAGAGGCACUGCAUCCCUUUGGAACAAUCUGUGCCGCUCGGGAACGUGUCAGCAGCCAGAGGUUCUGCACAGUGAAGUUCUUCUCUGAGCAACCCCUUCUCACAAGGAAGCUCCAAGAAAGCAGUUUUUUCUGGAAGCUACCCCACAGUGGAGUUGUGCCUUCUGGGUCAGAGAUGAAAGGAGCUGGCCUGUAACCUCGUGAAACUGAAGCCCUUUUUUUCCGAAGGACUCUUAAAUCCCAGGAGAAUCUCUGUAAACAUCUGUUCUGGCUACACCAGCCACAGCAGUGGGUGGCUGCUGAGAUCCUGCGAUUAGAGGUGGCUCCUCAAUUAACCACAAUUCCUGGUCCACCUGGUGACACCUUGUAAUGGAAGCAGGGUUGUCUCUUGUUCUGUGUUAUCACACAGCACCUUGCACAGCAGAGGCACCUUCUGGGCUUGCAGCUCUCACCUCAGUGCUGAUUUUUAGGAUGGAGAAUCACCUGUUACCUUCCUCAGCUCGAGGAAAGGACGUGAAAUGAGCCAAGAGCAUCGUGUGAGUCAAGAGGUGCAGAAGCGCUGCCAAACAGCGGCUCCCACAGUGGCAGGAAAGGUGAAUUCCAAACAAAUGGCUCUGUGGUGCAGCUGGCACGGGCUGCAGCAGCAGGGUCACCCACAGAAAGGAGCCAGGCAGCAGAAGAUGAACUUCCCAUUUGAAGGUGAAUGCUACACUUGUGUUUUGGACCUCCUGUAACUUGUCCUGAAGUCAGAACCUGCUGCACAGAUUGGGAGGCUGAGGGGAAGCUGCAGAAAGACCCUGGGAAAGCUAAGAUUCCAAAUUAAAGUUGGAACUGCAAGCUGCUGCAGAAGAAAUCCUCUGUGUGUUCUCCUGAAUUGUAAAGGCUGGUAAGAAAGAGAAGCCGAAGUCAUCCAUUAAUCCCCGGGCAAAGUCCUAUUGAAGCAGCUGCAGUGAAAGCUCUCACACGCUGCCCUGGAAAUAACCCCGGCUGUGACGUGGUCAGAUGACCCUAGAAUUCCGAAAAAGCAGGCCGAGGCCCUAUGGUUUAGUGAUUCCCAUUAGCACCAAUGCAGAUGGAAGCUACAUCUCCAACAUCCUCUCUGCGAGUCACCAAAGGCGAGCGCCGCGGGAGGUGUCCCCGAGCCCCAGACAGCUCUACUUCAACGUCACUGCCUUCGGGAGGGAAUUCCACCUGCGGCUGAAGCCCAACACUCGCUUGCUGGCUCCCGAGGCCGUGGUGGAGUGGUACGAAGACUCUGUGCAAACUGGGAGCCAUGGUGCUAACACGAGCAGGACUGGCGCUGCUACAGAGCGAUUAUGGAAGAGGGAGCCCCUGUGGACCAACUGCGCCUACGUGGGGGACAUCACGGACAUCCCCGGAGCUGCGGUGGCCAUCAGCAACUGUGACGGGCUGGCUGGAAUGAUAAGAACCGAUGAGGAUGAGUACUUCAUUGAGCCCUUGGAAAGGGGAAAGCAGAUGGAAGAGGAGAAGGGAAGGAUCCACAUGGUGUACCGGCGGUCGGCGGUAGCGCAGCAUCCCCCCGACACGCUCCCCGAUGUCCACACAGAAGGGUCCCUCCUGGGAGUGCUGAGUUCCCUGCACGACCACGUGGAGCAGCGGCUGAACGAGAGCCUGCGGCGCCGCCGGCACGCGGGAGACAACGACCACAACAUCGAGGUGCUGCUGGGGGUGGACGACUCCGUUGUCCGAUUCCACGGCAAAGAACACGUCCAAAACUACCUCCUCACCCUCAUGAACAUCGUGAAUGAAAUUUACCACGACGAGUCCCUGGGCGUUCACAUCAACGUCGUGCUGGUGCGAAUGAUCAUGCUGGGGUACGCGAAGUCCAUCAGCCUGAUCGAGCGGGGGAACCCCUCGCGCAGCCUGGAGAACGUGUGCCGCUGGGCCUAUCAGCAGCAGAAGUCGGACCCCAGCCACGCCGAGCACCACGACCAUGCCAUCUUCUUAACCAGGCAAGAUUUUGGGCCCGCUGGUAUGCAAGGAUACGCUCCUGUGACGGGCAUGUGCCACCCGGUCCGGAGCUGCACCCUCAACCACGAGGAUGGGUUUUCGUCAGCCUUUGUUGUUGCUCAUGAGACUGGGCACGUGCUGGGCAUGGAGCACGACGGGCAGGGAAACAGAUGUGGGGACGAGACGGCGAUGGGCAGCGUCAUGGCCCCCUUGGUGCAGGCCGCCUUCCACCGCUACCACUGGUCCCGCUGCAGCGGCCAGGAGCUCAGGAGAUACAUCCACUCUUAUGACUGUCUGCUCGACGACCCUUUCGAGCACGACUGGCCCAAGCUGCCUGAGCUGCCAGGCAUCAACUAUUCCAUGGACGAGCAGUGCCGCUUCGACUUCGGUGUGGGCUACAGGAUGUGCACGGCGUUCCGAACCUUUGAUCCGUGCAAGCAGCUGUGGUGCAGCCACCCCGACAACCCCUAUUUCUGCAAGACCAAGAAGGGACCUCCCCUCGACGGCACAGAAUGUGCACCUGGAAAAUGGUGCUACAAAGGUCACUGCAUGUGGAAGAACACCAACCAGCUGAAGCAGGAUGGACACUGGGGACCCUGGACCAAGUUUGGCUCCUGCUCCCGGACCUGUGGAACUGGGGUUCGCUUCCGCACGCGCCAGUGCAACAACCCAAUGCCCAUCAAUGGAGGUGACGACUGCGCCGGGGUCAAUUUUGAGUUCCAGCUGUGCAGCACCGAGGAGUGUCCAAAGCACUUUGAGGACUUCAGGGCGCAGCAGUGCCAGCAGCGCAAUUCCCACCUGGAGUUCCGGGGCAGCCGGCACCACUGGCUGCCCUACGAGCACCCCGACCCUCCCAAGAGAUGUCACCUGUACUGCCAGUCCAGGGAAACCGGGGAUGUGGCUCACAUGAAGCAGCUGGUGCAUGACGGGACUCGCUGCUCCUACAAGGAUCCCUACAGCAUCUGUGUCCGUGGGGAAUGUGUGAAAGUGGGCUGUGACAAGGAAAUUGGCUCCAACAAGGCCGAGGAUCAGUGUGGGGUCUGUGGCGGGGACGACUCCCACUGCCGGACUGUGAAGGGGACCUUCACCCGCACCCCCAAAAAACUCGGGUACCUUAAGAUGUUUGAUAUCCCUCCUGGGGCUCGACAUGUGUUUAUCCAAGAAGACGAGGCCUCUCCUCACUUCCUUGCAAUCAAGAACCAGGCUACAGGACACUAUAUCCUGAAUGGGAAAGGAGAGGAGGCCAGAUCCCGAUCCUUCAUCGACCUGGGCGUGCAGUGGGAAUACAGCAUCGAGGAUGACAUCGAAACGCUGCACACGGACGGGCCCCUGCACGACACCGUGGUAGUGCUGAUCAUUCCUCGGGAGAACGACACCAGAUCCAGCCUGACUUACAAAUACAUCAUCCACGAGGAUUCCGUGCCGACCAUCCACAGCAACAACGUGCUGCGGGAGGACAUGGACACCUUCGAGUGGGCCUUGAAGAGCUGGUCCCAGUGCUCCAAACCCUGUGGUGGAGGGUUCCAGUACACCAAAUACGGGUGCCGCAGGAAGAGUGACAACAAGAUGGUUCAUCGCAGCUUCUGUGAAGGCAGCAAAAAGCCAAAGCCCAUCCGUAGGAUGUGCAACCUGCAGGAGUGCACGGAGCCCCUCUGGGCAGCAGACGAGUGGGAACACUGCACCAAAACCUGUGGGAAUUCUGGCUACCAGCUACGCACCGUGCGCUGCAUCCAGCCCCUUCCCGACGGCACCAACCGCUCCGUCCAUGCCAAGUUCUGCAGCGGGGACCGCCCUGAGAGCCGCCGCUCCUGCAACCGGGCACCGUGUCCUGCGCCAUGGAAAGCCGGACCCUGGUCCCAGUGCUCAGUGACCUGCGGGGAGGGGACACAGAGCCGGCAGGUGCUGUGCCGUGCUGGGGACCGCUGCGACGGGGAACGGCCCGAGUCCGUGAGGGUUUGCCAGCUCGCUCCCUGUGACGAUGAGCCCUGCCUGGGAGACAAAUCCAUCUUCUGCCAGAUGGAAGUGCUGGCCCGGUACUGCUCCAUCCCUGGAUACCACAAGCUGUGCUGUGAAUCCUGCGGGCAGCGCAGCAGCACCUUCCCACCUCCCGGAGCUGCCGGGACCGAGGGGCACACAGCGUUGGAUCCGGGCAACCUGCUGAGGGCUCCACCAGCGCCCACCCCUGCAGUGCCCCCCCGGGCUCAGCUCCUGCCCAGGAGCAGUUCCCUGGGCCGGCCACCUCCGGCAACAGAGGAGGCUGAGUGGCACAUCCCACCCUCCAGCCCCGAGCCCAAAGGCACCGGUGUUCCACACCAGAGAGCUCCUCCGGCUGGGAAGACUUCCCGGCUCUUGGCUUUGCUGCACCAGGCCCCUGCCAACAGCAGCAGCCUCAGCCCUCGCAGGGCUCUGCCUCCAGUGCCAGCGGAGAACAUGGCAGCAGGGGCUCCUGCACCAGCCAGGACCUCUGGGAACAGCGAGGAUCACCUUGGGAAGCGAUGGCCUCCAAGGGCCAGCCCUGUGGAUCGAUGAACGGGAAGGCUUGUGGAGGACAGCCAUGGAAAAGGGGGUUUGUUGUGCACUCCAGGGGGAAUUCCCUGAACUCUGAGCAAUCCGGAGUGCACUGUGUGCCCCGGGCAGGACACUGCAGGGCACAGGUCGUCCUCUGGAAAUACAAAGGACAAGAAGUGCUGGUUCACUUUCUGUUGCUCCGGCCUCCUCCUGCCCUGUGUUCCCUGCCUAGCUGGGAUGCACGGAGGAAACCCAAGUAACAUUCCUGGCAGGGAGUAGGAGUCGCUGAAGGCUUCGUCCAGCCUGGGCCCAAAGGUGGCCCUGACCUCACUCUCCCCCAUGAUUUUGGGUUCCAAACACUCACCUGGAGGAAAUGCCCCACUGCAGGCAGGCCCAAAACAGCAACACUUGACAAAACACCUUUGCCACGGACCAAGGGAGCCCUCAGGACUUGUUUGGCUCAUCUACCCCUGGAAAGGGAUGUUGCACAAGCACCUUUGCAGCUGUUGGGUUAAUCCUGGACAGGGCAGGGAAUCAGGGUUAUCAUUAGAGUUUUGUGCUGUCACACAACUGUUUACCUGUGUUGUUCUGCCCCAUGGACAUUUCCAAGGGGCUGGUGUUUAAAGCAGCAGUAGCAUAAAAGGAGGGGUUUCAUUUGCUUAGGAAUUAAACUGCUGGCACAACAGGCUUGGGGGGUUUGGGGCAUCAUCAGUGCGAUGCUGGAUUUUGAAAUAGGGAAACCCUGUAGAUACUGCAAGUGUUGUCCUGGUCCCAGGCCAAAGGGGUUCCCAGCUGCUCCCCAUGUCCAUGCUGAACCAGCACCCAGAGGCAGAACAGGUACCGCCAAGACUUCAAAGAGAGGAUUUUUUUCCUGACAGGAAGCAUGGAUUUCAAGGCCUGAGAGAUGUUUCUUUCCACCGUGGUUCACCUCCAAACCUCCUCAAGCACGGCACAUCCGACUGCAAUCAUUAAUUUAUGCCAAUCCCCCACCUUGUCUCAGCCCCACCGGCCACGCUCCCUCCAGCCCAUUGCUGUAAAGGACUUGUAUAGGGGAGUGAGAGCUACAGAUAUUUAUUAAAAAAGUGGAUUUCUUGACAA